ACUUCGGUUAUCUACGGUGCUCGUGGCUGUUGGCUUCAGCAACACGAUCAUAUUGUUGUUGACAACCAAGCUGCAACGGACGUUAGUCGCUGACGACGACGUAUAUUUUGCCGACGUCGACGCCACUCUCUGGCAUAGGAAGUGGUUGCAUUCGGCAGUGUCCACUACAAACACAACAACACCGGCUAACGACAUGAAUACAGACGUAUUCAAACCCAAGAAUUGAUUGCAAUAACAGCCAAAUUAGCUCUUUUGGUUAAGUCGUCGGCAGCUACAGCUCAGCGCUUUAAGAUAAAUGUACAAUAGUGAGCAGCGCACUGCGCAGAGCAUAGCCGAACAGAGCGGCGCGAAAGAGCAGAAAUAGCUCAAYAUCGUGUAUCUCACGGUGUCUGUGUUUGUGUAUGCCAUACCCAUUCGUAGUAUCUUAAUAUCUUGCUUGCUUUUGAGCAGAGUGGGUACACACCGAACGAUCGACCGCUUUGAGCGACCAAACAGCCAGCCGCCAGACAACUAAGUCAAGCAGCAGCGACGGUAAUAGCAACUGUAAAGACUAAGUGAAUGAAAAAAGUUUUUUCUUUCCAUUAGUGCGCGCUAGCUGAGGGGUUUAUUUAUUCAGAGACAGAUCCCGUGUGUGGACAUUAUUUUCCGAAACGUUCGCUAAGGAGCACACGACGAACAUAACGCGACUCAGUAUCAAAUGAAACAAAUCGAAUCGAUGAUUACGGUCCGCAUAUUAAAAGUUAAUAAAAUCGAAAAGUUCCGCGUUGCAUUAUUUUAAUUGAAAGACAUUUGACUUGUCGCAGAUUUUUUUGAAAUGUUUCGCGAGCUAUGCGAAUUAUUUGCAUGCACAACAGUAAAUGUGAAGUGUAAAUUGUUAUCACACCGCCGCGUAGCAGUUGUUWGUUGUUAAGUAAUAAUCGCGUGAUUCCAAAAGGGCCUUGAGCUCCAUAGGCUUUGGGAGCAAACUUGUGGGUUAAAUACCAAAAUAAUAAAUAGGUUUUACUGUAGCUGAAGUGAAUAUAUCCGAUCGAGCAAAACCUCAAGCAGUGACGACAGUAUGCAUUGUGUUUAAUUAAAGUGAAAAUUUAAAAAUAAAGUGUGUAAAUCAAAAAAUACGAAUUUUCUUUCAUUACAAACCGCCGAAAUAGCGACGGCUAGACGGCAAAUAUCACAAGAAGCAGCUACAAUAGAGGCGAAAAAUACGCGCAAGAUAAACGCUUUAUUAAAAAUAUUAAAAUUCAAAAAUAGAAUUUUCACGCAAACUGCACUAUUCAACCACAUCGAACACGGCGAGCACCAGAUUUGUUUGUAGGUCUAUAAACGAGAAGGCUAACAAAGCGACGGCGCCUAAAUACACGGUAAUCCAAAUUGUAGAAAUUCAUUGAUAAACGAAUGACGGAAGAAGAUCAUAAGCGCCAAGCUAAGGACCGACUGCACAGCCUAAAGAGUACCAUCUAAAUAAGAUCGAAAGCAUAAAGAACAAAAAAAAAAAAAAAAAAUUAGAAUAAAACCGAAGAAGAUAACGUAGAAAAUUAAUAAUUUUUGUACUCGGCAAAGGUGUUAUCUAAUCUAAGCAUUUGCGCGCUUCGCACUACUUACCCACCUACUUACCAAACGGCGCAACAAACAACAUCAACAACAAACAAUCGCAACCUGCUUGCUAUCCGUGCUCGAUAYGCAGCGAAGUGUAUUAUAGAGUCACAGAGUCACCCAGCCAACUACUAAACACAGUUCACUCGCCGCCGGCGGUCAUUCUGUCAGUCAGUGUCAGAACGCGAGCGCGUUUGUUUGUCAACAGAACAAGUCAGUUGGUUUAGUUUCUCUGGCUGUUUCUUAAAUUUCUCACAACCAAGUAUAACGCAAACGCUAAGAAGCGUGUAGGCUUGCUCAUUCUGAGUGCGUCUAAUAGCGUGUAAUCAACGACAACAUAGUGAAGACGUAAAUUACCGCAACAAUACUGUCCGUUCCAUAGUUAUAAAACAAGCGAAACAAGUGCAAACGUCGAAAAUUCAUGCAAGCUUACAAUUACUAAUAUCUUUCUAAUAUUAAAAUAAUAUUUGCGUAUAUUUAAGGGCRAUUAAUUUUCAAAAUAAAAAUAAUUUAGUGAAGUGCGAAAGUGUUUCGAGCAGAAGUGCUAGUGAAAAUAUAAGAAGAAUAAUAAGUGCAAUCUCUCCAACAGCGAAGUAAUAUAGGCUGCUGAAAAUUAAGUGUGAAAUAAUAAAUUCUUCUGCAAAACCAAGAGGACAAACAAUAAAAUCGUAUUAAAGUACAAGAGGCUCAACGAACCACAUGAAUAUGGCCAUCAACAACAGUACAAAAGUGUCGCGAACGACAGCAAUCAGCAAGACAAGUGCAUCCAGUUCAUGCCGAUCCACGACRUGUGUCAAAAGCUGCAACACAUCCGUCAAGGCAACAGAUAUGCAAAAAUCUGGAAAGACAGCAAGUACAACGCUAAUAACAUCAUCUCCAGCAUUAUUCACAAUAUCGGCAGCAACGGCGGAUGGGAAAUUAGCGCGACCAACGCCACCGUCAACAUCGACAACUGCACCAACAACAACAGMAGGGCUCUCUACAACAUCCCUCAAGCUUCUUUACAAAUUCAUUAUAUUUGCCAUCUUGAUCUGCACGGCGCCGUCGCUGGUUAGCGCCCGACGGCAUGCGCCACUCUUGCUGGAAGAAUCGGAGGGUACACGCCGAAAUAAUAGACCAGUUGUUUCGGAAUGUCAGUUUGGCAAGACAGUGCGGGAGAUCGGCUCCACCUGGUUCGCAGAUCUUGGUCCACCAUUCGGUGUCAUGUACUGCAUCAGAUGUGAAUGUGUAGCGGUGCCGAAGAAGCGUCGCAUUGUUGUGCGCGUGCAAUGCAAGAACAUUAAACACGAAUGUCCACCAACAUUGUGCAGUGACCCAGUACAAUUGCCUGGCAAAUGCUGUAAAACGUGUCCUGGCGACAAAAAUGAUACGGACGUGUCUUUGGAUGUACCUGCUCCGGUAAACAUUGAAGAGGAGGAGCGCAACAUGAAGCAUUUCGCUGCUCUACUCACCGGCAGAACAUCACAUUUCCUAAAAGGAGAAGAAAUGAAGGCCAUGUAUGCGACAAGCACUUAUAAUCCACAAAAUAUUGUUGCCACUGGUCGCUUCUUGUUCCACAAGAAGAAUCUGUAUUACUCCUUCUACACCUCAUCGAAAAAUAAUCGCCCACGAACCAUACAAUUUGUUAACGACGCCGGCACCAUUCUCGAAGAGCAUCAACUGCAGRCGCCUCUUUCUGAUAUGCAAAGCGUGUAUCAAAAUGCCACUGGUAAGAUUUGCGGAGUAUGGCGUCGUGUUCCGCGUGAUUACAAGCGACUCCUGCGUGAUGAACGGCUACACGUUGUUUUGCUAUGGGGCAGAAAAGAUCAGAUUGAUCUCGCUCUAGGUGGAAAGAUCGGGUUGUACACCGCCUUACAGAAGGAAAUGUUCAGCUCAUUGCUGGAACCCGCACCAGGUACGAAAGCAACACUAAUGAAUGGGGCUGGUGGCACAGCUAUUGUGUCCACGACCAGUGGCGCGGCCGCCUCCGUACAUUUAACGCUUGUCUUCAAUGGUGUCUUUAGCUCCGAUGAAUAUUUGGAUUCCCCCAUUAAUAUACGAGUCGAAUCACCGGAUCGUAAAGAAAUCGUUUUAGACGAACUUCAAAAAGUACGUAAACCUUCGGCUGAGAUUAAUGUAUUGGAAAUAUCUUCGCCAAUAUCCAUACCGAUGUUGCGUUUAAUGUCACGUGGUAAAUUAUUGCUCACAAUAGAAUCGAAGAAAAACCCUCAUUUACGCAUACAAGGGUCCAUUAUCACACGUACUACUUGCGAGCUCUUCCAGACUUUACUCACCCCACACAAUGUAGAAUCGAAAACAAAGAGCAGCGGCUUAGCAUGGGUAUUUCUAAACACUGAUGGAUCUCUUUCAUAUAACAUCGAAACAGAUAACAUUAGCACAAAGGAUAGACCCGAAAUUAAUUUGAUGGAAGAUCUCGGCAAACGCAAGACCAUGCUAGAAAACCUUACACCAACAUUCAAUUUCAACCAAGCUAUUGGCACGAUCGACAAAUUAGGCCCAAAAGCACUGGAAUCAUUGUAUGAGGGUGACUUAGGAGUCAACAUAGCUAUUGAGAAUGAACCAAGUCUCAUACGCGGCCAUUUUGUACCCCGCCCCAUUGCAGAUGCCCGAGAUUCCGCUGAACCUAUUCUAUUGAAACGAGUAGAGAAUGCCACGACUGCACCAACGCACGCCAUGGGUAUGGCUUGGUUGGCCAUCGAUAAUGAAUGUAACUUACACUAUGAGAUAACGGUAAAUGGUUUUCAAUCGAWUUCGCAGGAUUUGCAAAUAUACCUCGAAGAAAAGCCAAUUGAAGCUAUAGGUGCACCGGUAACACGAAAAUUACUAGAGGAAUUCUCUGGUUCCUACAUGGAGGGUUACGUGCUCGGCAUGCCUUCCAACGAACUAGUCAAAUUGGAAAACAGCGUAUGCUACUUGGAAAUACACACAAAGGAAAGUAGUAGGCCACUUUUACGCGGCAAAUUGAAAUCCACAAAAGUGCCAUCCCAUUGUUUUCCCAUUCAUACGGAUAACAAUGUGCCAAAUGUACCUGGUGACCAUAGUGACAGUAAUCUUAUUGCCGCAGAUGCAAAAUGCUUCCAUUCAGGCCGGUUUUAUGAUGAGUCUGAACAAUGGCGUAAUGCAAAUGAUGUUUGCCAGAUGUGCGCCUGCCAACAUGGCCAACCCACAUGUGAGCCGAUCAAAUGUCCCACCAUACAAUGCAAACCCAACGAAGAGCUUGUACGACGUGACGGCGAAUGUUGUUCCAUGUGUCUUCCGCAGAGUAUUGCUAUUGAGACGGAAAGCGUUGCSGAGCAGAAUGUAAGGGGCUGCCGUUUAGGUGACCAAUUUCACUUGGCCGGUGCCAUUUGGCAUCCGUUUUUACCACCAAACGGCUUCGACACCUGCACCACCUGUACCUGUGAUGCAUUAACACUGGAAGUGCGUUGUCCACGCAUGGUCUGUCCACCAUUACCCUGCUCUGAGAAGGUCGCCUACCGUCCGGACAAAAAAGCCUGUUGCAAAGUAUGCCCUGAAAGCAAAUCUUCACGAGGUGACAAAGCCGGUCCUUCUAAUCCAAACGUACUGCAGGAUCAGGGGUCACAUAAGACAAUAUCCACUGAAGAGAUCCUCAGCCAAGGUGGCUGUAAAGUGUUAAAUAAGGUUUACGAGAAUGGACAGGAGUGGCACCCGAUUCUAGCAUCACAUGGCGAACAAAAAUGUAUCAAAUGUCGAUGCAAGGAUUCAAAGGUGAAUUGUGAUCGCAAGCGUUGCUCACGCUCUACCUGCCAGCAGACCCGUAUCUCAGCCAAGCGGAAAUUCUAUGAGAAACCCGGUGCCGGCAGUGCGAAUGCAAACGAGUCGGCCAUUGACGAGUGCUGCUCGACGCAGUGUCGACGCUCACGCCGCCACCAUCGACGCGCGCAUCAGGAUCGACCUGGCACCGUCGACGAACGACAGCAACAACAGUCAAAGCGAUUGCAGCAGCAAACAAAUUUAAACCGAAGCGGCAGCAACGGUCAUAGCAGCUGAGCGCUGCGUUCAAAUCGAAACCAUUUACAAAUACCUACAUAUAUUUAUAUAAUCGCGCGAAUAACAUUGUAAAAAGGAAAACAAAAUCGCUGUUUUCUUCUGAAGAAAAUACAAGUUUUUUGUGACUUUUUUAAACCAGAACUGAAACUGAAUAAGACGAAGCGAUGAACAUAUUUGAAAGCAGCACUGAAGCAAGGUUAUCCGAGGGUGAACGAAGAUUUACCCUCUAGGCGGUUAGCAAAAACAACAAGAAUAUUUAUAACAAAAGAAAGAAAAGAAAGAGUGACAUAAUUAAUGUAUUAUCCCGAUUAAAGCAAAAUUUAACCAUCAUAAUCCAGCAGUAAAUAUGGAAAUGUUAACGCAAAUGGAAGUAGAAUCAGACGUAGAAACUAAAGUGUAGUGCAGAAGUUGUAGAAGCAGAAGUAAGAUAGUUCAACGAUCCAGUAGCGGCUGCCAUUACAAAGUACAGAAUAAAAAAUACCUAAGGAAUACCAGUGCAGUUGCUUUAGGAUUCUAGCAAAUGUAGGAUUUCAGUAAAAAAAAAUUGUAUUCAGAAUAUAUAGCUUUUCAAAGCACUCUUCCAAAGACCAUAAAAAAAAUCUUAAAAAAGCUCUGAAUUGCAAGCGAAAUUCUUUUCAAGUAGUUUAUGAAUGUCGGAUCGAAUACCGAUUGAAGAUUUUAAGCACAAUGUUGGCUGUAGACUGAGAGUCAGAGAUCGGCGGCGGCAUAGAGAGA